UGUUGUCGUGUUGUUCGGGUCCAGUUUGCACCGAAAAUAUCGCGCCAGCGUUUGGAAUGGACGGAAGCAGUAAGCCACUAUGGAUAGCACUCGCUGCGACGGGAGUUUUUCUUCGGGCCUCGAUCUCGUUGCAUUCUUACUCCGGUCAAAACCGGCCUCCGAUGUACGGCGACUACGAGGCCCAACGCCACUGGCAAGAGGUGACGGUGAACCUGCCGGUCACGGACUGGUACCGCAACACGACGGAUAACGAUCUACUCUACUGGGGGUUGGACUACCCACCGCUGACCGCUUAUCACAGCUACUUGGUGGGGACGUGGGCUCGUUUUACCCAAAGAGAAUCGUUCGUCGCCCUCCACACAUCAAGGGGAAUCGGGACGGAGAAGCACAAGCACUUCAUGCGGAACACUGUCCUACUGGCCGACGUGCUCCUAUACAUUCCGGCGAUGCUUUUCGCCCUUCACGCCAUCCGAAGGCGUUUAUCAAAAACGAUCCCCGUGCGGGAAGAAUUCCUGCUCGCCUUGGCCGUACUCUACCCGGGCCAAAUUCUCAUCGACAAUGGGCACUUCCAGUACAACAACAUCUCACUCGCCCUGUGUACCCUCGCCGUGGUAGCCAUCGGCGAGAAAGCGACCCUCCUCGGAGCGAUCCUCUUUUGCCUCGCGCUCAACUACAAACAGAUGGAACUGUACCAUGCCCUGCCGUUCUUCUUCUACCUUCUCCGAGAUUGCUUUUCCGGCGUGCAUUCGAAUGCGACCACCGGGAGGAGGUUAUUGUCCGGGUUGAAAAAGCUUUCCCUGCUAGGAGUGACGGUACUGGCUACGUUUGGGAUUUUAUGGUUACCGUGGCUCAGAUCGAUCGAAUCGCUUGGUCAGCUGGUCCAUAGGAUAUUUCCGGUCGCACGGGGAGUGUUCGAGGACAAAGUAUCCAACGUAUGGUGUGUGGUCAAUGUGUUGGUGAAACUAAAGAACUUUCCCGUAACCACGAUGGCCCUCAUUUGUCUCCUCUGCACCGCGCUGGCCGUCCUCCCAAGUGGCAUUCACUUGCUGCUUCAGAAAACCCCCAACAUGAGAAGCUUCCUCUACUCGCUCGCCGUCACAGCACUCGGGUUCUUCCUCUUCAGCUUUCAGGUGCACGAGAAGUCAAUCCUUCUUGCGGCCCUCCCAGUCGUCCUGUUGCUUCCCGCGGAACCACUUGCAUCCUACUGGUUGCUACAGGUUUCAACAUUCAGCAUGCUUCCGUUGCUACACAAAGACGGCCUGAUGGGGGCCUAUCUGGGACUUACCCUCGUCAGCCUAACGCUACCCCGAUUGACGGCAGCAUUCGAGUCAUCGAGUAACCCUCGGCCAACCUACGACGUGCUACAUGUUGGAUACCUUCUCCGUGGAUCUGUUGAUCGUACCCAAUUGGCCGUGUUAACGAUCCUGUUCUACGCAUCGCUGGCCGGACAAGGAGCGCUUUUGCUCGGCUUCCUUUACCUUCCACCUCCGGCCCAUCUGCCGUUCCUUUACCCGCUUGCCAUAUCGGCCUACAGCUGUGGCCAUUUCGUACUGUUUUUCCUGUACUUUAACUACCGACAGAUGUUUUCUGGCGAAAGUAGUACCGAAAAUAAGUCAACAAAAGUUAAUAAAAUGAAAAAAUAAAU